GGGAGCGCGCGUUGUUGGCGGGUGGGGAAGCCACGCUCCUGAGGGGCGCCUGGCAGCGGUAGCCGCGACGCCCACCGUCAUGGCCGACCGGCGGCGCCUUUCGACGGCUUCCCCCUCCUGCUGCUGAGCCCGCGCCGCCCGGCCGACCAUGGCCUCCACCUCCCGGGACCCCGACGUCUCCGACGAGGCCGUGAGGGGGACUUGCGACGACGCCUCCCUCUGCAAGCGGUAUGCUGUAAGUGUUGGCUACUGGAAAGAUCCGUACAUCGAGUAUUUCGUGAGACAGCCGAAAGAGAGGAAGGCUCCUGAAAUCAGCCGCGGAUAUUAUGCCCGUGUCCAGGGUGUCAGUCGAUUGCUGACAGCUUUCCUGAAGAAGACAGAAUGCAACUGCCAAAUUAUAAACCUUGGUGCUGGCCUGGACACCUUGUUCUGGAAGCUGAAGGAUGAGAAUAUGCUUCCGAAAAAGUAUUUUGAAAUUGACUUUCCAACUAUAGCAAGCAGGAAAAUCCACAACAUCAAAUCGAAGCCUCCUCUGUCUAACCCAAUUAUGGAAAGCCAUUCGGGGGAGUCUCUCAUGAUAGACGCUCACAGUCUGGACUCCAGCCGGUACGCCAUAAUCUCUGCAGACCUUCGAGAAUUGCCAAAACUAGACGAAAACCUGAAGAAGUGCAACAUGGACCCACAUCUGCCAACUCUGUUGAUGGCGGAGUGCGUCCUGAUCUACAUGACCCCUGAGCAUUCGGCCGGCCUGCUCAGGUGGGCCUCCAGCACCUUCUCGGCUGCCAUGUUUAUCAACUAUGAGCAGGUGAACAUGACCGAUCGCUUUGGGCAAAUCAUGAUUGAGAACCUGCAGAGCCGGCAGUGUAACCUGGUGGGCGUGGAGGACUGCCGGAGUCUGGAGACGCAGAGAGCGCGCUUCCUGGAAAAUGGCUGGGAAGCAGCCAACGCCCUGGACAUGAUGAAAGUCUACAGCUGUUUGCCACCAGCUGAUGUCAAAAGGAUAGAGGCCUUGGAGUUCCUUGACGAAAAGGAGCUGUUGGAGCAGCUGAUGCAGCACUACUGCCUCUGCUGGGCGACCAAGGACUCCUGCAACAUGGGUCUUGCAGAGAUUGGCCUGUAGCACGUUUGCCUCAGUGGAGCUCCAACCAGCCUGCUGCCUGUCUGCUCCCCCCGGGGGCUCUGCCUGCCUCAGCUGCAGCCGGUUCCUUCCUCUCCCGUGUGCACAAGAGAGUAGUGGAGUGUGAGCGUUGGAGGGGGUGGGGUCGCCCCCUUUCACCGUCUUGCAACUUUUGGAAUAAACUAUUCCCCUUUUGUGGAAGGCUGAACUAACACGAGAGUCUCUUUCCCCCUUUCGAGGGACCUGGAUUCUGGAGCGGUUGUGAACAUUCACCGUUUGCUUUUUGUGCCUGUUGGCUCCGGACUGUCCGAUCUCGGCCUCCUCUCUGUCUCACUGCUGGAGCUGCAUGCCUCCCUGAAUGCGUUUGGAAGUUCUUUCCCGUGUCCGUCUCGUGGAGUGCUCGUGUCCGGUGUUCUGCCCUGUGGUAAGGCAUGUGGACCUGCAGCACGAGUGAAGAGGGCACUGGUCUUGGCCCCAGUUGCGGCUUCCCGCGGGAUGAGUCGAAAUGCGUUUGUGUGACCUUCCAACUGCCUGGAUGAAUAAAUGGUGGACCUUGGUGCA